UAUAGGUUUCUACGGUCUGGAUGAGUCCGACCUGGAAAAGGUGUUCCGACUGCCAACCACCACCUUCAUCGGAGGCUCGGAGACCGCCCUGCCGCUGAAGGAGAUCAUCCGUCGACUGGAGAUGGCGUACUGUCAGCACAUUGGGGUGGAGUUCAUGUUCAUCAACGACCUGGAGCAAUGUCAGUGGAUCAGACAGAAGUUUGAGGUUCCGGGAGUGAUGCGGUUCGAUCUGGAGGAGAAGAGGACGCUGCUGGCCCGCAUGGUCCGCUCCACCAGGUUUGAGGAGUUCCUGCAGAAGAAAUGGUCUGCAGAGAAACGUUUUGGUCUGGAGGGCUGCGAGUCUCUGAUCCCGGCUCUGAAAACCAUCAUCGAUAUAUCCUCUGAGAGCGGGGUGGAGAAUGUCGUCAUGGGAAUGCCUCACAGGGGCCGUCUGAAUGUCUUGGCCAACGUGAUCCGUAAGGAGCUGGAACAGAUCUUCUGUCAAUUUGACUCAAAACUGGAAGCUGCUGAUGAGGGCUCUGGAGAUGUGAAGUACCAUCUGGGAAUGUACCAUCGACGAAUCAACCGUGUGACGGACAGGAACAUCACCUUGUCUCUGAUGGCCAACCCGUCUCAUCUAGAGGCAGUGGAUCCCGUGGUGCAGGGAAAGGUCAAAGCUGAGCAGUUCUACUGCGGAGACAACGACGGCAAGCGGGUGAUGUCCAUCCUGCUCCACGGAGACGCAGCUUUUGCCGGUCAGGGUGUCGUCUACGAAACCUUCCACUUGUCUCACCUGCCGUCCUACACCACGCACGGCACCGUGCACGUUGUCGUCAACAACCAGAUCGGCUUCACUACAGACCCUCGUGUGGCUCGCUCCUCUCCGUAUCCAACCGACGUGGCUCGAGUUGUCAACGCUCCCAUCUUCCACGUCAACGCCGACGACCCGGAGGCCGUCAUCUACGUCUGUAAGGUGGCCGCCGAGUGGAGGGCCACGUUCCACAAAGACGUGGUGGUCGAUCUGGUUUGUUACCGUCGGAUGGGUCACAACGAGAUGGACGAGCCGAUGUUCACACAGCCGCUGAUGUACAAACAGAUCAAGAAGCAGAAGCCGGUUCUGCAGAAGUAUGCAGAGAAACUGAUCGCAGAGGGAGUCGUCAGCCGGCAGGAGUACGAGGAGGAGAUUGCCAAAUAUGACAAGAUCUGUGAGGAGGCAUACAAUCGCUCCAAAGAUGAGAAGAUCCUCCACAUCAAGCACUGGCUGGACUCCCCCUGGCCUGGAGAGACACUACAUACUGAUAUGAAGCUGAAAAGGAGCAUAAUAUGUCCUCUUUAAUCUUAUAAAAUCAUAUGAAUGGUGACAUCCAGACUGUAUUCUGACCCUCAGUGAUCAUGCUUUGUUGUUUCAGGUCUGAGUCGUAUCCUGAAAAGCCGCGGCGAGAUGAUUCGUAACCGCACAGUGGAUUGGGCUCUGGGAGAGUACAUGGCCUUCGGAUCUCUGCUGCAGGAGGGAACCCACAUCAGGCUGUCAGGGCAGGACGUGGAGCGAGGCACCUUCAGCCACCGUCACCAUGUGCUCCACGAUCAGAACGUGGACAAGAGGAUCUGCAUUCCCAUGAACCACCUCGCUCCUGACCAGGCGCCGUACACCGUCUGCAACAGCUCGCUGUCCGAGUACGGAGUCCUCGGCUUCGAGUUGGGUUUUGCGAUGGCGAGUCCCAACGCUCUGAUCCUGUGGGAGGCUCAGUUCGGAGACUUCCACAACACGGCCCAGUGCAUCAUCGACCAGUUCAUCUGUCCCGGGCAGGCCAAGUGGGUCCGGCAGAACGGCAUCGUGCUGCUGCUGCCGCACGGCAUGGAGGGCAUGGGUCCGGAACAUUCUUCAGCUCGUCCAGAGAGAUUCCUCCAGAUGUGCAACGACGACCCCGACGUCAUGCCGAGCCUCACAGAGGACUUUGCGGUGCGUCAGCUCUACGACUGUAACUGGAUCGUGGUGAACUGUUCGUCUCCUGGAAACUACUUCCAUGUCCUCAGACGACAGAUCCUUCUGCCAUUCAGAAAGCCUCUGAUUGUCUUCACUCCCAAAUCUCUGCUGCGUCUCCCAGAAGCCAGAUCCAGCUUUGACAUGAUGCUUCCUGGCACUCAGUUCCAGAGGCUGAUCCCAGAGGGAGGCUUAGCGUCGCAGAGCCCGGAGGAGGUGAAGCGCCUGAUCUUCUGCACAGGAAAGAUUUACUACGAGCUGGUAAAAGAGAGGAAGAACAGAGACAUGGAGUCUACUGUGGCCAUCGCCCGCAUGGAACAGCUGUCCCCGUUCCCCUUCGACCAGGUGAAGGCCGAGUCGGAGCUUUAUGCCAAUGCUGACCUGGUGUGGUGUCAGGAGGAGCACAAGAACCAGGGUUACUACGACUACGUGAAGCCCCGCAUCAGGACCACCACCCAGAGAGCCAAACCUGUGUGGUAUGCUGGCAGAGGCCCCGCUGCCGCCCCAGCGACAGGAAACAAGAAGGCUCACCUGAUGGAGCUGAAGCGCUUACUGGACAACGCCUUCGGCCUGGACGCGUUCAAAGACCAGCAGUAGACCUGUGACCUGUGACCUGCAACACCUGGAAUAAACCUUCACCUGUCUGACCUUUGACCCCCAACCCUCCUGGAUUCAGUGUUGACACUUUCGCUGCAUCAACACACACACUCACACACACAUUGUAAUACUGCAUAUGCUAAUAAUACAUUUGCGUACUUCUACAAUUACAGCACACUGCAGAUUCUCCAAACAUGGAGAAAUACUUAGUACACAUGUACUGCAUAUUACAAAGUACACAGUGUACUUCAUAAAGAUCAUCACUAAUUUUACAGUUUAAAAACUGCAGAAAUUGAUACAACUUAUUGGGGACUUUGUAUGGGAAAAAUAUAUAUAUAUUCCUUAAUAUUCCGGAAUAUUCCAGAUUUUCUUGCGAAUAUAUACAUUUAUUAUCUCAGAGUAUAUUCAAGUUUUUCUCCUUAACUUUAUAUCUUCGGGGAAUAUAACAUUUUUCUUUGUAAAUGUACCACUUUGAUAUCAGAGAAUCUCCACGUUUUCUCUGAAGAAAUUCAUUGUUACUCCGACAUCUUAUUCCAGUAACCUGAGACCGACCUGCAAUGUGUACAUUAUGGUAUCUGUAUUUGGUAUUAUUGUAGCAGACGCAUUGUGUUAUUAUUCUAUUCGUAGUAUAUAAGUGUACUACUGAAGUACACAAUGUACUACUGCAGUAAAGACAUGAACUGUCAGUGCAGUAAGUACUGUGCACUGUUCAGUACUACAGCAGCACUCAGCUCCACUACAGCAACACAACAUGUUGCUUUAACACAGACUACUACUGAUACAAAGUAUUUGAUACUCAAGCAUCUAAACUUGAGUAAUACAUGAUAUACCGAGUCUAAAGAUGGACAGAGAUGUCAUUGAGAGAAAAUGCAACAGAUGAUAAAGCUCCUGUUGCUUUCAAUUCACUGUCAAUUCAAUAUAUUAGAAACGCUGAUCUAGCAAUGCAAGAACUACAAGAUAGUGCUCUUAAAUCAGCGACAUAUUGAACAAGGUCUGGUGCUGUGUAACAACAGAAGUUUGGGUCUUUUUCUCUCUGUUCUGCAGUCAAGACAUGAAGACAUUUUAGCCAACAUGAAACAAACUGAAAAUAAAAAGUUGACUGUGGUGGAGUGAAGCCUGAACCUGAGUUUAAAGGUCAAACACACACACACACACACACACACACACACACACACACACCUUCCUCCGUCCACACACACUCCAGCUGUAUUGUGUAACAGCAGGUCAGCAGUCAUUACGUCAUCAUCACCAUCAUCUCUACUUCCCCUGAAGCGUUGCAGGAAACAUUUUACUUUUAGUUUAACAUAAAUGCUCAUUAGCAUAUGUAGCGCUCCCUGUUGAAAGCCAAUGGGAAUGCGGCUAGCUGGUACAGUGAAAGUGGAAUCUCUACAGCAGGUAGAGGGUUUUCUUGCCUUUCAGCAGGUAUGUUGAAGAACAAGUCUGUAACUAGUCACCAUGGCAGCGCUUAACUUGCACAUUGAGAUUUUAAUGUUUUACUUUGACAAAGGAUUUUUGGGGAAUAAAAUGGCGGAGGUCUGUGCCAUCAGGUGUCCCUACAUGAGCUCAACCAAAUGCACUGCUGAAUAUGAUUUAAUCCCUCUGCUUCUUUUCUUUAGCUCUCUCUCUUAUCUCUCGCGAGCGUUUAUCUCGUGCCAAAACCGAGCGUCUCAUGUUUUUAUUAUUUACUACUUCGUGUUUCAGCUGAAUGAACUCUUGUCAGCGGGAAAUAAAAUCGCCUGGUUUUUUAAAAAUAAAAUGACAAGAGGAAAUCAGCUGCUGCAAAUGUGUUCUGGGCUUCUGUGAGACAAAGAAAAUGAUUUAUUUAUUUUCAUAAUAGGGGAUUGAAAUUCUCUUUAUUCUUUUUUGCUUCAUUCAAUAAAGAAUACAGUAUGUACUGAA